GGUCGCGGGGCAGGAGGCGUUCCCGCCGCUGGCACAGUCGCUAUGUAGCGGCGGGGCUUGAAUCCUCCUGCUUGUUCUGGAAGGUGCUUGGGCUCCACCGGCGUCGCAGCCCCAGGACGUCUAGUCGCCAGCCUGGGCCCCGGUGGCUGAGCGGAGCCGCCGCCGCCAUGUUUGGCUGCUUGGUGGCGGGGAGGCUGGUGCAAACAGCUGCACAGCAAGUGGCUGAAGAUAAAUUUGUUUUUGACUUGCCUGACUAUGAAAAUAUCAAUCAUGUUGUGGUUUUCAUGCUGGGAACAAUCCCAUUUCCUGAGGGGAUGGGAGGAUCUGUCUAUUUUUCCUAUCCCGAUUCCAAUGGAAUGCCAGUGUGGCAACUCUUAGGAUUUGUCACGAAUGGAAAACCAAGUGCCAUCUUCAAAAUUUCAGGUCUUAAGUCUGGAGAAGGAAGCCAACACCCUUUUGGAGCCAUGAAUAUUGUCCGAACUCCAUCUGUUGCUCAGAUUGGAAUUUCAGUGGAAUUAUUGGACAGUUUGGCUCAGCAGACUCCUGUAGGUAAUGCUGCUGUAUCCUCAGUUGACUCAUUCACUCAGUUCACACAAAAAAUGUUGGACAACUUCUACAAUUUCGCUUCAUCAUUUGCUAUCUCUCAGGCCCAGAUGACACCAAGUCCAUCAGAAAUGUUCAUUCCAGCAAAUGUGGUUCUGAAAUGGUAUGAAAACUUUCAAAGACGACUAGCACAGAACCCUCUCUUUUGGAAAACAUAAUUUGAAUAAAAUAAUUUUUAAUGGA